GGGGAAAGACUGAGGUGGGCUACGGUUGCUACGAUGAUUUAUAAGAAAAGGAGAACUGAAAUAAAUCCCCAGUUUGGCCUUGUCAAACUUCUGUGCGAGGUGACACCCCCAGCUUCUACAUCAUCUACAUGUCGUCCUUCAUAAAUCCCAGAUCAGUGAACACCUACCUGUCCGGCAUCGCCAACAAGCUCGAACCUCAUUACCCCGGCAUCCGCACUAUACGCACCCACCCACUCAUGGUCCGAACGCCCCAAGCUGUCAGAUGCAAAAAACGAUUCGCGACAGACGUUUUGCGUUUAUGCGGAUAAUUGUCAUCUACUAGUUGCUAUCCCAUGUCGAUCAGGGAUUCGUAUAGAAUAAAUAAUAGGCUUACGC